AUGAAAAUUUAUAAAGUAUCGUGUGAAUUCCAAUGUGAACAACAACGACGAGAAUUUUCUAAGAUAGAUCAAGAACUUAUUAAAUCGGGUUUAAUUCACUACUUAAUGCAAGCACAAUACUUUCCUUUCCAAAUCGAUAAUAAACAUCAAGCAUGUGACUCUCAAAACUGUGAAGAGAAAAAUCAUAAUGGUAAAUGUAAAUGGGAUGAAAAAUCUACCAAAGCAUUGCUUUUAUAUUUAAAGGAACAUAAAAAAGAAGUCUUGCAGCUAGAAUGUCGUGGUAAAACGGCUGGUAAAGUUAGAAAGGAGCUUUGGGACGAUGUCGCUACUGCAAUAUCUAAUGAAUGCUGCACUUAUACCGAUAUCCAAUGUGCGAUAAAGUGGAAAAAUAUUAAACAGAAUCAUGAUAAAUCACCUAAAUAUCAGUACAAGGAUGAAGUUGAAACAAUUAUUUGUGAAAAUAGAAUAAGCAAACGAAAGAUGGGAGGUGGAAUUGAUAAACGAAGAAUGAGCGCUAAAAAAGCUAGAAAGUUUGGAUGUUGA